AUGAGCGAUCACUUGGUGCUGUUCGUUGACCGUCUCGCGCGCCCUGUCCCUGUUGACCCGGUCGUGCAGCCGGCCCAGCUUCCCUCCGAGCCCUCUCCGCCUCCGGCUGCUGCCGAUGCCGCCACCGUCGUCGCCGGGAGUUCCGGCACCGCUCCGAUGGAGGAUCGUGCGGGUGAGGGUGGCGAUGAGGAGGAGCUGCUGAUCCAAAUGGCGGAGUGCCGUAUCUGCCAGGAGGAGGACGGCGUUUCCAAUUUGGAAACACCCUGCGCCUGUAGCGGCAGUCUUAAGUAUGCUCACAGAAAGUGUGUCCAGCAUUGGUGUGACGAGAAAGGAGACAUUACUUGUGAGAUAUGUCAUCAGCCUUACCAACCAGGGUACACUGCGCCACCACCUCGUCCUAAUCCUGAAGAAACUACCAUUGAUAUUGGAGGUGGCUGGACAAUAUCUGGCACGCCUUUGGACUUGCGUGAUCCUCGCCUCUUGGCAAUUGCAGAGGCAGAACGUCAAUUUUUGGAUGCUGAAUAUGACGAGUAUGCCGCUUCCAAUGCCAGUGGCGCUGCAUUUUGCCGCUCAGCUGCUUUAAUAUUAAUGGCUCUUUUACUCUUGCGGCAUGCACUUUCUGUCUCAGAUGGUGAUUCUUCUGAUGAUGAUCCAUCCAAUUUUUUCUCUCUUUUCCUGCUUCGAGCUGCUGGAUUUUUAUUACCUUGCUACAUUAUGGCCUGGGCAAUCAGUAUUCUGCAGCGACGACGACAAAGACAAGAGGCUGCAGCACUAGCGGCAACCCAAGUUGCUUUUGUUCUACAAUCUGGGCAGCGUAGAGGCCUACAGUUCGCAAUAGCACCAGGACCACCCACGGUACACCAGGAACAAGUGUAA